GCCAACCAUUUACCUUUUUCAAGUAGCUAUUCGGCUCACUCGUGAGAUCAAGACUGUAGCCACACCAUUUUUGAAGCUGCUAGUUCUGGGUUCUUUUCCAACUCACCCCUUUGUAAGCCCUGGCCUUGGAUCAUCGGAUGCCAGUGUAGGUGUAGCUCUGUGGCCCCGUGGGGGACAUGCUCGCGCUACGAGGAAGGGACCUACUGUUUUGUACCACCAACUAAAGUUACUUCGCGGAGACUGACAUGGCCGAUGACACUGUGCCCGUUUAGAGAGACUUUUAGCUGCUCAGAGGUAAUCCCUUCCGGCAGUAUGCUCAGGGUGACCAGCGGCGCGAGAUCGGUUGCUCGUAGGCAACAAACAUAAACCUUUGUCUUGUUAUUACUUUAAUAGCUAGUAUUUGCUACAGUUCUUUCGGUGUCCGCGUAGAUCUACGAUGGGUGACUCUGGCAGAUCACCCGUGCACUCCUUUCGACCUCCAGCACGCUUGGUGGUGGUUCAUGGCUCUCUCCUGUUUGGUACAGACUCCAUCAACGCACUGUGUGAGAGUCUCUCCAAGGUGACUGCUCUGGCUCUCAGCCUCUCUGGUGUGUGCCGAAUCCCGUUCCUGGGACUAUCCGCUACCUGUAUGGCUUACCCGGCUGUGUUCCCACUGCAACACUUGCGAGUGGGCAGUUUCUCUAAGCUGCAGGAGAGCCUAGACCUGGUCAAGUCCUCAUUGCUGCACACAAUGUCCGACAGUGACCAUGCUGCCACUCGAGAGCUGUUCCAGGCAGUGCUGACGGAAGCACUGAACCAGCACCACGAGCAGAGUGCAACCUUACACCAGCUGGUUGGAUAUUUGCCACAACUGGAAGUGUCGGUUAUCACUCCACUACAACCAAAGCCAGCCGUUACGAUGCUCAGCCAGGCAGCUCAGAAUGUGGACUUGCAGAUGAUCAAGAAACUCCAACUCAUCUGCAUCACAAGUGACAGCAAUGAUCCUGAAACUGCAGGUCAAGCGGAGAGCCCAUUUAAUGAGAGCCAAGGCAAGGAGAGUGACUCCAGCAACAGCUCCUGUGCAGAGAUCAUUGAUGUGGUGAGCAUUACACCAGAUGUAUUGCAGUUUGAGAACAUUUUCAAGCAGUGGUUGCAAGAUGACAGCACUGAGAAAGAACAUGUCCAUAUCCACAUGCCAGCAGAGUCCCAAUCAUCAAGACCGUACACGCUAAAGUGUGACAUCCUGGAGAGAAUCCUACCACCAGCUCAACUUCCCGGCGCAUCUGAAUUUACCUUACACACUGCAACAAGUGGUGCACCAGCCCGGCCAACAGGACGUCACACUUCCGGUCACUCGGGUCUCAAUCUGAGCAAGAGCUCCAGUAGUACGUCUCACGCCCAGCUGCACGGUGAUGCGCGCUGGCCGCAUCAUCUGAAAAGCAUUGCACUCGUCAAGACCAGCGGUGUAUGUGACUCUGUGAUCUUUGGUUCGCCACUGUUUUUACGACCGACUGCCUGCUGGAAACUGGAUUGGGAAGAACUGGACUGUAAUCAACGACGAUUCCAUGCACUGCUUCAACUACUAAGUGAACAGGGCGAUGCAUUGAUUUUGGCCCAGGAGGUUGCACUACCAGUCGCCAGUGGAGGUGUGAAGCCUAUGGCACACUUCAUAGCAAUGGCGUGUCCGAAUAGCUCAGCACUUCUACUCCGGCCCGUGGCUAUUGGAGACAUUCUACUGCCGGCAGCGGACGUAUCACAGACAUUACCAUCAGUACCGACUGAAGAUUCGGAGCUUGUCAAGAACAGCUUACAGAAGCUUGAAGUCCUGGAGACGUACAACCCGCUGUUGAUGCCUGGCUUCAUGAUGAAAUCAUUGGUAGCUGGGUUGUUGAAAGAGUCUAGCAUGCAAGCUAACAAGACAGCUACGGCUGCCGGAAAGAAACGCCGUGGGAUACAGCGACCAGCAUCUGCGGGUACAACAAGCAAGAAAGUGGACCGGGGAUUCGGUCAGUUUGACAGCGCAGCAUCAAAGUAUCAAUCGGCAUUCAAAUCACCUGGCAUGGCUCCCGGCACCAGCAGCAGCAAGUACAGAAGCACAUCGCCUGUGAGCUCUGCCCAGCCUGCCGGCCAGCAACGUUACAACCCACUAGCCAUGGCUGGCAGAGGUGCUGCAGCACAAACCACUGCUAAAGGCAUGCGGAGAUAGAAAUGACUGAGUGUUGCCGAGCAUCACCGGAAUUAUUUUUCAGCUCGAUAUUUCCGCUCCUAUAGAUUCAUACUGCAAAACCAAGUGCAGGGACGUAAGUCGUUCUGUGUUAGUUCUUCCAAAAUCCUGAUUGAGAUGCACAAAGAUUUUUUUCUUCCAUUUUGGCAUUCAUGAAAUUUAUGCAGGAUUUACUUUAGUAUUUUCACCAGUUGCACAUCCUGGUUAGACUUAGAGGGCACUGUACUGUAUUGCAUACUCACACUCCGUAUAAUGACACACACAGGUUUCCUUGUGGGACUAUUCUAUAACCGCAUUCAUGUUGCCUGUCUGCUGGCAGGCAGAUGGGAGUGAAGAAGAGGAGAGUGUCUUAUGCACCGUGUGCACCAUCUA